AUGGGUGAGACGCAGCUCGUGCAAGUGGUUCCGGCCCGGGACGCCUGCAAAUGCGCAGCCACCGGCGCGGUCUGCAAGAAGCGGGCGCUGCGCAAGCGCGUGGUGGACAGUCGCUGGCUGUUCAACAACAUUCACGUGGGCGAGAUCAUCGUCGACUGCCGCUCGCGCGAGCAGUUCAUCAGCAACACGGUGGUUGGGGCCAUCAACGUGCCGCCGCCGCCCGAGGACGACGACACCAGCGAUUGCGCCGAGUACGUGGAGAACCAAGGACUCUCGGCGUUCAAGCGAGGCCUGCGCGACAUUUUGCUCUUCGCCGACGCGGAAGACCUGAGCAACCCGCAGUCGUGGUUCUUCCGACUCGAGCAGUUCCUCAUCGACGACGGCCGCGCGGCGACCAUCAAGGGACUCUGCGAGGGCUUCUCCAAGUUCCACAAACGCUACCCGUUCUACACGACGCAGGGCAUCGUCGGCGACGGCGUGCUGCAGAGUGGCAAGCACCAGGUCUCGUUCCCGAACGAGAUCAUUGACAACUUAUUGUUUCUGGGGAACAUGUGGCAGGCGCAAUGUCAGCAAGUUGUCCAGCACUUGGGGAUCACUCAUGUGGUGAACGCCACGCUGGACAUCGGCAACGUCUUCGAGCAGGACGGGAUCAAGUACUUCAACGUCAAGCUGCCGGACAAACCUGAGGCCAACGUCGCUCGGUUCUUCGAUGCCGCAUUCGAGUUCAUCGCCAAGGCUGAGCGCUCGACCACGAAGGACGGAAAGCCCUGCCGCGUGCUGGUGCACUGCACGCAGGGCAUCUCGCGCUCGGCAACGCUCGUGAUCUUGUACGUUAUGCGCGCGUACCAUUGGUCGCUGGCGCAAGCGUUUAACUUUACGCGCUCGGGCCGCGGCGUGGUGGUCCCGAACGAAGGAUUCCUGCGCGCGCUGAUGCGAGAGGAGCGUCGCCUGUUCCACGGCAAGUGCAGCGUCACGGAGGACGAGCUGGACCUGCUGGUUAGCGGCGGCUUGCCAAGUCGCCCGGCAAGGCUCGAGCGCAGGACGUCUCCGCAGCUCGAGCUGCCCGCGGUGUCCAAGGAAGGCCAGUGCUCCAUUAUGUGACCGCAACAUCGAUCCGCUGUAAGAUACUUAGCUUAGUCGCAUGCACCCACACAAUGUGGCUACACCGUGUAGAAUUAUAAACGCUAGAGAACGAAUCUAGCGUGAAUCUCCACAAUACGUUAAAC